AUGUUCCGCUCGACAAUCGCAAAGUCCCUCGUUAACGCGUCCCCCCGCGCGAGCAGGCUCGCCGCCAGGCCUGUUCUGGCCCGCGCAUAUCACGAGAAAGUCAUCUCGCACUACGAGCAGCCCAGAAACGUCGGCUCGCUCAACAAGAACGACCCUAUGGUCGGCACGGGCCUCGUCGGUGCUCCUGCAUGCGGCGAUGUCAUGAAAUUGCAGAUUCGGGUCGAUGAAAACGGCAUCAUCUCCGACGUCAAGUUCAAGACGUUCGGAUGCGGGAGUGCCAUCGCGUCGAGCUCAUACAUGACCGAGCGCGUCAAGGGCUUGUCGCUGGAGGAGGCCGAAAAAAUCAAGAACACUGAGAUUGCCAAGGAGUUGUGCUUGCCGCCCGUCAAGCUCCACUGCUCCAUGCUUGCUGAGGACGCCAUCCGCUCUGCCAUCCGGGAUUACCGGACAAAGCGCACCAAGGCCGGAGACCCCAAGAAGGCUGGCUUCAUCGACGUGUCCCAGAGCGCAGCGACGGGCGAAACAGUCGCCACGGCCCAUCCUCCCUCAUCAUAA